GCUGCCGCCCAGCCUCACCAGCAGCACCGGCCAGCCGGGGGGCCAGAAGACACAUAACAAAAGGCAUCCGAGCUGCUCUCUGCGACCACAGUUGCAAUCAAAGCAGGGUGGUAGGGCGGGGGAGUUGUUGAUCGGAGCGCCUUCAGCUGAAACCCAGCACUCCCUUCACAACCAGCCUACUUAGGUUUGGGGCAAAGGCGCUUCCAACCCCCCAGCCCCCAAGAAAUAGAUUUACAUCAAAGAUGUCCUUUGGAAGAGACAUGGAGCUGGAACACUUUGAUGAGCGUGAUAAAGCACAGCGAUAUGGCAGAGGGUCACGAGUAAAUGGUCUGCCUAGCCCUACCCACAGUGCCCACUGCAGCUUUUACCGAACCCGCACUCUACAAACCCUCAGUUCUGAGAAAAAAGCCAAGAAAGUUCGUUUCUAUCGCAACGGAGACCGGUAUUUCAAAGGGAUUGUCUAUGCCAUCUCCCCCGACCGGUUUAGAUCUUUUGAGGCCCUGUUGGCUGAUCUGACCCGAACUCUGUCUGAUAAUGUGAAUCUGCCCCAGGGAGUGAGAACAAUCUACACCAUUGAUGGUGCCAAGAAGAUUUCCACCUUGGACCAGCUAGUGGAAGGGGAAAGCUAUGUGUGUGGUUCAAUAGAACCUUUCAAAAAACUGGAGUACACGAAGAAUGUAAACCCAAAUUGGUCAGUGAAUGUUAAGACAACAUCCACUUCCCGUGCGGUGCCGUCUCUUGCCACUGUCAAAGGAAGUCCUUCAGAUACAAGAGAGAAUAAGGAUUUCAUUAGGCCUAAACUGGUCACCAUCAUCAGGAGUGGUGUGAAACCACGUAAAGCAGUCCGGAUUCUGCUUAAUAAGAAGACAGCACAUUCAUUUGAACAGGUUCUUACUGAUAUAACUGAUGCCAUCAAGUUGGAUUCGGGAGUGGUUAAACGCCUGUACACACUGGAUGGAAAACAGGUGAUGUGCCUUCAGGAUUUCUUUGGUGAUGAUGACAUUUUUAUUGCAUGUGGACCAGAAAAGUUCCGUUACCAGGAUGAUUUCUUGCUAGAUGAAAGUGAAUGUCGGGUAGUGAAAUCUACUUCCUAUACCAAAAUAGCUUCAACAUCACGUAGGAGCACCACCAAGAGCCCGGGUCCAUCUAGACGCAGCAAGUCUCCUGCCUCUACCAGCUCAGUUAAUGGAACCCCUGGUAGCCAGCUUUCUACUCCCCGCUCUGGGAAGUCUCCAAGCCCAUCUCCUACCAGCCCAGGAAGCCUGCGAAAACAGAGGAGCUCCCAACACAGUGGCUCCUCUACCUCAUUAGCAUCCACCAAAGUUUGCAGCUCCAUGGAUGAAAAUGAUGGACCUGGAGAAGAAGUGUUGGAAGAAGGCUUCCAGGUUCCAGCAUCAAUAGCAGAAAGAUAUAAAGUUGGAAGGACUAUAGGAGACGGAAAUUUUGCUAUUGUAAAGGAGUGUAUAGAAAGGUCAACUGGUAGAGAAUAUGCUCUGAAAAUCAUAAAAAAAAGUAAAUGUAGAGGAAAAGAGCACAUGAUCCAGAAUGAGGUAUCCAUUUUAAGAAGGGUCAAACAUCCCAAUAUUGUUCUUCUGAUUGAGGAGAUGGACAUGCCAACUGAGUUGUACCUUGUCAUGGAACUUGUAAAGGGAGGAGACCUUUUUGAUGCCAUUACCUCCACUAACAAAUACACAGAGCGGGAUGCCAGUGGAAUGCUGUACAAUCUGGCCAGUGCCAUCAAAUACCUCCAUAGCUUGAACAUUGUUCACAGGGAUAUCAAACCUGAGAAUCUACUGGUUUAUGAACACCAAGAUGGAAGCAAGUCUCUGAAGCUGGGAGACUUUGGGCUGGCAACAAUAGUGGAUGGACCUCUUUACACAGUCUGUGGGACCCCUACAUAUGUAGCUCCAGAAAUCAUUGCAGAAGCUGGAUAUGGCCUGAAGGUGGACAUCUGGGCAGCUGGUGUGAUUACUUACAUCCUGCUGUGUGGCUUUCCUCCAUUCCGUGGAUGUGGAGAUGACCAGGAAGUGCUUUUUGAUCAGAUUUUGAUGGGCCAGGUGGAUUUCCCAUCUCCAUACUGGGAUAAUGUUUCUGAUUCUGCAAAGGAACUUAUCACAAUGAUGCUUCAGGUAGAUGUAGAUCAGCGAUUCUCAGCCUUGCAAGUUCUCGAACAUCCGUGGGUUAAUGAUGAUGGCCUUCCAGAGAAUGAGCAUCAGCUUUCAGUAGCUGGGAAGAUAAAGAAGCAUUUCAAUACAGGGCCUAAACCCAACAGCACAGCAGCUGGAGUUUCUGUCAUAACAACCACCGCUCUUGAUAAGGAGAGGCAGGUUUUCCGACGAAGACGCAACCAGGAUGUGAGGGGACGUUAUAAGACUCAGCAAGCUCCACCUGAACUCAACUCUGAAUCGGAAGACUAUUCACCAAGUUCAUCCGAGACUGUUCGCUCACCUAACUCACCCUUUUAAUAAAACACUUUUGCUCAAAGUCUUGGCUUAACCCUUUGAGAUUCUGAAAAUCCUCCAAACCUAUGUGAAACGGUUACAUCUGAUCUAUCUAGCACUAAUGCUCGAAUGAUGGAACAGAAAAGGGUGUUUACAGUAUCUUUGUAAUAAUAAUUUCCUAACUGACUGAAAUGAUACUUGUGCUCUGUCUAGAUUGUGACUUGCUGCUAAUAUGAUCCUCAAAGGGUUAAGACUAUUUUGCAUUUUUUUAAGAUAAGAGCAAUGAAUGUUUUCAUCAGUCAUGCUAGGACCCGCAGUUUGUAAUUUUAGCACAUGUUAACCCUCUGAGUGCAUAAUAAUCUUUAACCUUGAUGGCCCAUACUAGGGCUUUAUUGAUUUAUAUGCACAUAUCUUUCCCCCCAUCUCCUUAGUUCUUUUCCCAGUGUUCUGGCCAAAACAAUAUUCAAAUGCUACUCUGUUUGAGAGAUUGCAAAUGGGAGUUUUUAAAAAUCUUGUUUUAAAGCAGCGUAUUCUAAACUUCUAUGAUAUUCUACCACAGAGGGCUGACCAUUAUUGGUAGGUGCCAUACAGGAUAAGUGGAAAAUUGGUGGUAGGAUUGCCUCAUAACAAUCUACCUAAGGUGACGUGACAAUACCAUCAAAAUUGUUGCUUCCACAUUAUUGGCUGCUAGCGGCUGUCGUGUAGUAGUGGCAGAGUCAUGAGAAGUGGGUGAAGGACACAUUCUAUCAUGCUUUGGUAUGUAAAGAUCUAAUUCUAAAACUUUCCCUGGCCACACACACAAGAAUGUACAGAUGGGGAAGAGCAAUUAGUUUCUCUGGAGCAUUGGGAUUUUGAAGAGGGAAUACUCCUCUCAAAACAAUCAUGUUUUUUCAUAAAUACACUGUGAUUACUACCAGGAGAGAGACUUUUAAGAGAGAGAGAUGAAAAAUCCAGCAUUAAAGGAAAGAGAAUUACCCUUACAAUAGUUACAUUAUUUAUAAAUUGGGGGAAAUACCUGGCAUGUUAACAUUUAAGAAAAGCCUUUGGGUGAAAUCCUGCUGUCCUCAUUGACAUCAAUGAGAAUUUUGUCUUAGAGUGGAAAAACUAAAAACUAUUCAUCUAGCGGAUCUGUGCUAUUAUAUACAGAGGGUGUGUGUGUGAAAAACACACAUGUGGGGUGUUAAACCUCAAGUCAGUGUGUUAGCAUUUCAUUUCAUCCUUGUACAAAGAAAAGCCAAUUCACAGAGAAGUUAUACUUCAUAAACUUUUGCUUCAAAUAGGAUCAUUUGAGUGAAAACAGUCCCAUAUUCUCACAAAAGUGGCACUAGUUGAGUGAAAAAUGACACAUUUCCAAAUUUUGAUUUUCAAAAUUAUAAAUAAAUAUAAGACCCGAGCAGAAAAUAUUAACUUUGAUGUUUCACAUGUUGGUUUUACAUUUUGGGGCUGUGCUCACAGAACUCCCAUGGAAAACCAUGAGAAUUCUGAAGGUGAGGGUCUUGUAGGAUCCAUCCUACUAUUGAUUUGCAUUCCUAAAGUACCAGUCACUGGAGUAGCCAGGUUCCAUCUUUUUCUGAAAUCUCAAAAGAUUCACUGAAAGACAUGUGUGUAAAUAGUUUAGGUCAAUUCCUUUCUCUUCUCUACUCUCUUUAGAAUGUGCCCAUCUCUCCUUAUGUCCAGUGUAAGGUUUUUAUAUUUCAAACAUUGAACACAUUUUGAACCAAGGGAACCUCAUUUCACAAGUUUUUAUUCAAGUGAUGGAAAACAUUGAUUAGAGUUCUUUGGUUUCGAUCUAUCCAUUUGAUUGUGGGGGAGGUCCCUGAUGGCUCUGCAUAGCCCCAUUGACUUUAGUGGGAUGCAGCACACAAGUGUAAGGAUCUCAAUCAGAUUACAGGAUUGAGGCCUUUAUUGGCAACUGAAGCAUAAUUAACAGAGGAACACUGGUUAAAGUAUAAAAUUAAUUGUGCCCCAAGCAGAAAAACUCAGCAGGUUUCUGGGGAACUCCAUAGGGGUAAUGGAAUAUGUAGCUACAGCCCAACUAAACGUCAGAGUUUGGAGUGUGCUUCCUGGCUAUUUUGCCUCCCUUGUCAAGGUCAGGGGAAAGGGCGGAAGAGCUAUAUAGUGGCAGAUCAUCUGACCCUGCACAACCACCCCUAAAAAGUCACUGCACAAAGAGAUUUCAUGGUAGGUAUGAAAUCAUCUUGGUGUCACCCCAUUGGGCAGCAGUACCACAGCAAUUGCAUUACAUAAGUGUCCUCUACUCUGGCGAAAGAGUGGGUAGGAUUUGGCCCACAGUGAAUCAAUAUUCACAGCUAGGUCCUCAGCUUGUGUAACUCAGUGUAGCUCCUUUGAAGUCAAUACCGACUUACAGCAGCUUAUAUAGCCCCUCACAUUAUAAUACAGCCUUCCCUUUAGAACAGAUGCAACUUGAUGCAAAUAUAAAGAUAUUUAUAUGGCAAUCAGAAGUGUCCAUUAAUAACACGUGCUUUUUUGACUAUCAGCAAAACGGCAGUUUCAAAGGAACAAGGACAAAGUUCGUUCGUUCUUAAUUAAAUAGAGGAGUUGGGGAAAAAACAGGUAUGAAACAAAUGCUUCAUCUCAUGAAUGUGUAGUGUCAUUUGAGAUCUUCCUAUCACCUUUGCUUUUGUUUUAGACUCCAGGGCUAUCAUUAAAAUAAGAUGUUUGGCUCCAUCGUACACCAUAUUGUACCACUUAAAACAUAUAUAAAAAUAACCCCAGCCCCUGAAAUUUCCACUCAUCCCUUGCAAAUUCUGAUCUUUGGCUCACGUUUUACUGACCUAACUCCUAUAACAUUUUACAGUUAUAUUCUUUAGGCCCCUUCAAGAAUGUGCACCAAAUUGUUGAAUGGGGCCUUUUCAUGGUUUCAAGAAAAACGAUCGGAAUAUUUUAACAGUUUUAAAAGAGGGGGUAUCAGGAUUAUAAAAUUAAGGUUUCAGAUAGUUAAUGGUUGAUGCUUGUUUGCCAAAGAAAUACAAGGCCAAAUUUUGCCUCUACUUACACCUUUGUAACCCCACUAAGUUCCUGGGUGUAACUGAGACCAGAAGGUGGGACCCUUAGAAUAUCUAAACUUUAGUCAAGGAAACUGAACAGAUUGGGGCUAACAGACAGUUUCUAAUAUGAAUGCACUUAAAAAUCUAAUAUGAGAGCAUAUGGCAUAGUAGUCAUUUUACUGUAAACCAUCCAAUAGCUUCACUUUACACAUUAUAUUGGUGCUAAACAUUAAACUAAAACAAAAAAGAAAAUAUGCAUUGUAUUUACAGACUGUAAAUGCACCACUUCAUUAUUUUUUAUGCAUGUUGCUAACUGUCUGUCUCUUCUGGUGAGUUUACCUGCAGUAAACUAACUUUAUGGUAAAUGCAAUACUCAUCUGUGAUGGUGCCCUUCCCAUCUUUGUGCAUUUUGAGUAUUGUGCUGAAUAAAUUUAGAAUGUGAUUGAUCAUGUGAAAAGGGAAAUCAGCAACCCCAUUAUAUAUAAUCUUAUUAGCAUUUAUCUACAAAAAUAUCCAGGAUAUUAUAGUUGUACUCAGAGGGUUAACAGAAAAGCACAAGGCAUGCUGAUUACAUUGGUGUAUCCAAACUGCUUUGCUUUUUUAGCCAGUGUUUGCUAAUUUUUCAGAAAAUUCUUGGAAAAUUUAAAGUUUAAAAUAAUUUAAGUGUUGUUGUUCAAGGAAUUUCUAUAACCAAAUUAAUCUUAUUUUUAGUUUAACUUAUCACAGGAAUAAUAUGUAUCAUUAACGCAGUGUAAGUCUGUAGUUAUAAAUUUUAUUAAUUCCACAAGUGAUUCAAGAUUUUUUUAAAGUACUUAAUAUAGAGCUUACAAUGGUGGCAUAGGUGACUGAGACUGUCUUUCUUUUUGGUAAACAAACAAUAUUGUAAUUUCAAGAGAGUCCUAAGAACCAGCUUUUCAGUUUGGUAGUGUACUAGUUAGGGAAAAGCGAUCUCAUUACAUGCAUUGUGUAAAUCUUUGUAGAUGAGAACUGUUCAUAUGAAUGAACACACUUUUUUUCUUGACAUUGUAGCAGAAACUGUUUACUUGUUGAUGAUCAACCAAUACAUUAAUUUGCUUCAGACUGUUACAGGGGAAAGUGAGACUCCAGUCAUUGAAAAUGUUAUUGCUUUACAGUAGCCCUCAUCUAAUUUAAAUGUGGUGCAUACUACAAUAAGCAAAGCCAAACCUGUGAAUAAAUUACUCAAAAAGCUUGGUGGUUCUGUAUUAAGUGGAGUGCUUACAUAUAAUAGCGUUGUAGCACUGAGGCUCGUCAGGUACUGUUGAAAUUGAAAUAUAUAUAUAUAAUAUGAGCUAGAAUGCAAUCCUUUACUCUGAGGCAUAUUUCAUUUCUUUCUUUCUUUUUAAAGAAAAAUUGGUUCUGGGGGUCGCAAUGCCACAGGUCAAGUGCAUUAAAUCACUGUUAUUUGCUGCACCAUGGUACACAUUAGCAAAUGGCAUCCCCUGUAUUUAGUUUAAAUUGUGGGCAGGGAGAGGUUUCCUAAUGUUAUUGCAGUGCCCUCUAGCACUGUCAUGACUAAUAUUUCCAUUCUAAACUCCUAAUCUCAAUGGUUUUUAGUUUGAUCGUAAAAAUAUGCUUCAGGCGGAUAUGUGGCACAUGAUUCCUCAUCCCAGAGUGAUUCUUCUCCUAAAAUAUGAGGGAAAUCGGCUUGGCCCUUUUGACAUUUAUGUCCUAGAAGUAUGUACAAAAAAAGGGGAGCUUGCUUUGGGCCAUUUUUGUGUGGAUAAUUCAAACAUGGCAUGGUUUUCACACAAGUUUUACAGGCUUGGACUACAGCGUUGACAGAUCAAAACUUUUGGGUGCUUCGAAAACCAGUAAGAAAACUCGGUUGUUGAGAGAGGGGCUAUUCCAGCAAUUUUAUUGCAACAAAAAAAAAAAUAGUUUUUUCAAGUUCACAUGGUAAUAGUGUGUAUUCUUCCUUCUGCGUGCUGAUGGAAUCGUACAGUUUAAGGCCAGAGGUCAUCUAGUCUGACUUCCUGCAUACCACCGGCAACCACCAACACCCAGCCUCAGGCAAAAAAGCCUCCCGCCGCCCCCCCCCCGGGAGCGCAGCAGGGGAGGGCGGCGAGCCCGGCCGGGGUCCUGCUCUCCCCGGCCGGCCGGAGCGCCGAGGGGAGGGCGGAGAGCCCGGCCGGGGCCCCACUCUCCCCGGUUGGCCGGAGCGCCAGGGGAGGGCGGCCCUGCUCUCCCCGGCCAGCCGGCUGGAGCGCCGGGAGGAGGGCGGAGAGCCCGGCCACGGCCCUGCUCUCCCCAGCCGUCCAGAGCGCCGCCCCCCUCCAGGUGCCGCCCCAAGCAUGUGCUUGGUAGGCUGGUGCCUGGAGCCGGCCCUGCCCAGCACCCACACACUAAACCAAACAACCAAAAUUACACUACAAUAUUACAGCCCAGAGGAUACUCAAUUAUUACAUGCCACAGGGAGAGAAUGGGAGGAACCAAGGUGCACCAGUACCAGAGGUUCCUGCAAUGGCAGAGAAUUAAGUGUAAUUUCCAUUACCAAGAGUGUGAGUUACUCAAUACAUCAAAUGCUGAAUGUGGAUUUUGUAGAAUUUCUGUGGAGCAUAUGAACUCAUACAACUUGAUUUUCCUCUCACAUUUAGGACUUGCUCCAUAGAAGAAAAUGGAGUUACACCAAUGUAAAACAGGUGUAAGCAGAAGAAUUGGGCCCAUUGUCACUUAAAUGACAAACUUAUCAUAGUAACAUUAGGACUGGAUCCUCAGGAGCUCAGAACUGUGGAGGUUAUCAAAAGACUGUUUUAAAAAUUGAAUAUACACACUCUGAUUUGCAAUAAAUCCAUGUGCAACAGGUAACCUCACUGCUCAAGCACUAAUCUGAAACAAAUUUGCAUUUGCCAAGGGGUGCAGUUAAUAUCUCUCUCUUACGCACGCACGUUCUUUUAGAUCCCAAAACAAAGCUGUCUCCUAUAUACGCUACAAGAGAACUCCUGUAGCUAUUCACAAUAGUGUUAUAUGGUCUAUUGGGGAAAAUAGGUAUUUUUAAAAAAUUCCAUAAUAAACAUUUUUUAUAAAUUCCCAAUUCUAGACCAUACCAGCUCCAUUUGGGAAAACAAAAUUUCCAGAAGGACCUUUUAUGUACACAUUUUUAUAAAUUUGUAUUUUUACUUGAACAGCCCAUGUUUAGUAUCUUUGGAUUGCCCUGCCAGAUCAGAGGUUCAUCCAGUUCUGUACUCUCUCUCUGAUCAUGGUCAGGACUAGCUGCAUCAGUGGCAGGAACAAGAAACACAAUAGUGGACUGUUACGGAAUGAUCUACCCACAGUGAAGACGUCCUCCUAACUCUGGUUAGUGAUUGACUUCUUAUAGAAUCAUAGAACUGGAAGGGACCUCGAGAGGUCAUCUAGUCCAGUCCCCUGCACUCAAGGCAGGACUAAGUAUUAGCUAUGCCAUCCCUGACAGGUGUUUGUCCAACCUGCUCUUAAAAAUCCCCAAUCAUGGAGAUUCCACAACCUCCCUUUGCCCUGAAACAUGAAGGUUAAUCCUUUCCAAGACAGUUUAUCCUGAGUUGGUCUUUGGAAUUAAUUUGUUUAAACACCCAACAUCUUUAAAACAAUCUAACCCAGUGUUUGCACAAUAAUAGACUGUGUGGACUAUUUGCAAUGAUUUUACAACGGACAACAGAUUUUAAAGAUACUCCACGUGAAUACAUUUCCAUAUAUGCUUCCUUUUUAAGGCAGAUGUAUAACAACAGAAAUUAGUACUCAUACACAAAUAUAUUCAGACAAUGUUAGGGUCAUAAGCUGAUGAAAACUGUGCUUUGAGAUGUCAUAUUUAUGGUGCAUUAUAAACUAUUUGAAUGAAUGGGCUUCAGGAUUAGGCCGUGGCAUAAUAAAUUAGGAGCUAAGGGUGAAAUGCCAUCUUUCAUUUGCCUUGUUGUGUUCCGGUUUAGCAACUGAAGUGGUCUCCUAUCAAGGGACCUCAGAUCAAUGAAAGAUUAUCUGCAACACAUAAACACAAUGGGUUGAGUGUAGAAUGAAAUAACAAAGGUCUGGUCUUUCAAAAGUGUGUGAUAGAUUUUAAUUUUCUUUAGUAAAGAAAAAGGCAAUUACAUCUCUAAAUUAUGGAUCUGAACUUUUGACAAUUUGAGGUAGACCAGGAAUUUUACUUUGUAGUCUCUUUGUAAUUAUUUUAUUGUAGUUGUGCUUUACAUUUAAGGUGAAUUCAAUUCUUGAAAACUUUUGAUAUCAGUUUUUAAAAGAAAAAAAUCUGAUUGAAUUAUGCUUUAAUCCAGGGGUAGGCAACCUAUGGCACGUGUGCCAAAGGCGGCACGCAAGCUGAUUUUCAGUGGCACUCACGCUGCCCGGGUCCUGGCCACCAGUCCGGGAGGCUCUGCAUUUUAAUUUAAUUUUAAAUGAAGCUUCUUAAACAUUUUAAAAACCUUAUUUACUUUACAUACAACAAUAGUUCAGUUAUAUAUUAUAGACUUAUAGAAAGAGACCUAAAAACAUUAAAAUGUAUUACUGGCACGCGAAACCUUAAAUUAAAGUGAAUAAAUGAAGACUCGGCACACCACUUCUGAAAGGUUGCCGACCCCUGCUUAAUCAGUUGAAUUCCUACUAUAUUUAUUUCCCCCAGUGAGAUGUGAUGCAGAGGAAGGGGAAGUCCUGAGUAAUUCCCAAAGGACAAUUUGCCAUUUACAAUGAUUGUUGGUGUGUACUCUGGAAAAAAAAUUAUUGCAUCUGGUGCAAGGUUAAAGACAUAUCUGCUAUUUUGAUUUUAUUAAGGAAUUAAUAAUAGCCUUUUAUAUUCUGUCUGAAAGAAAUUAUUAAAGGAUUAGUUGAGUGUGAAAUUAAAUAGCACUUUUCUCAUGCAUGCUAAAGCGGUGUCUGAAGAACUGGUUGCAUUUAAGUUUCUAAAUGGUUUUGAUUUUGUGCAAGAGAAAAAUCCCAUGUUUCCUUUGAAAAUACAAACUUUGCAAGUGCUAAGCGGUUCAGAUGACAAAGGUUAAUCUUUAAUUUUCAUGCUACUAAUUAAAUAACUUUCAAAUGAUAUGUAUCGAUGCAUAAAGCUGGAACAAAGUCAAAUGGCAUUUUUCAAAUCCCACUGGUUAUGCUAAUAAAUGUAGGUUAAUAUGGGAUGAGAUCUGAUAUGUUAACUUCCGAGCUAAGCUUUUAUAUUGUUGCUUGUUUUUAUGUAAAACAUUUACUUUCAAAUUAUAAUAAAAUAGUAGAAAAUGA